AAUCCCCUUCGAUUGUUUACUGUAGCAAACAACGAAAACAAGCGCUUUACUAAAUUAACGUCUUCUUUGCGAAGACUAGUUCAAUUGUUUUUUAUUUUUGAAAUAGGUAUAUCUACCAAGUCUGUAUCUACGUCAAGUUUUAUAAAAAAAAAACUUAAUCCAUUGUAGGGUGCAUACAGGCAUUGAAGACAAUAAUUUAAUUUUCUAUAACUUUCUUUUUAGUUUUACCAUUUUUCACCUUUUGCUGUAUUCGUUGCGACGCGGAAAUUUAAAUAUUGGAAGUAGUUAAAACGUUCUACCUGUCUGUAUUUUUCAGUUGUCUAGUUUGCACUUUUUUAUAUGAAGCCAUUUUUUAUUUCGUUUUAUCGAACUGGCGCUUUUAAAAUUGUUUGGCAUCUCUUCUAUUGAAAAAUUGGAAAUUAAAUUUUCUCUUCGAAGUCACGUACUUGCAUACGAAUCAAUUUUCACAUGCUGAGGCACAAUAAUGAAUAAUGUUUCUACUCUUUCAAGUCUCUGCAGUGAGAGCUUUAUCAUAGCAUGGAUGGAUCAUAAAUUACUUGGUGCAGGCUCAUUUUAAAAAGGACAAAUUAGUUGUGGAAAAAACUACAUACUAAAAUGAGCAGAAAUACGACAUAUCACAUAAUUAAUGGUUAUCCGUAAUUAACUAGCCUGGAAGUUUGUGAAUCGCAGUUUUCAGGUAUUUCUCAUUAAUUAGAGAAGAAGUUUUUAACGAGAAUCUAUUGAAAAGUAUUCUCAGAUCUAGGUUCGGUUAGUGUGAACUUAACAAAAUAUUAAUUAAAAAUUUUCUCCGAAAUUUCGUUUGAUAAAAAUCAAUAGUUAUUCGUGAUUGAUUCUAGAACUGUUUAUGACGAUUUGCAUUAUUUUCACUUUAUAAUAGAAAUAAAUUAAUUAUAAUGCAGACAACCGGCAAUUGACUUGCAAAUUUAACCCUUUACAGCAUAAACAUCGAAUAUUUUUGUUUAAAAAUUUUCUGUCGUGUAUGCAUUUUAUGACGUAACGUUGUACUAUUUAUAGUUUAUUGGGUACUCAUGAGGGUAAUUUAAUUCUAUUCUAUGGAACUGAUUCAAAAUUGAAUAUCACUCGAAAACUAAUUGCUUGGUAGCCGGUUUAUAGAAAGCUGUGUUAAAAUUUAAUUCGUUGUUAAAAGUUAACAACGCGAACGGACUAAUCAAAUUGCUUCAGUUUGGUCACGUGAUCAGUUAACCACGCAUUUAAUUGCAUAUUAAACUAAUGGCGCGUCUAUAAACCGGUCCCUAAACCUUAAAUUCAAGCGGCUAAUUAAUAGGUAAUACAUAAUUAUAUACCAACUUAUUCUCGUAAAACAAUGCUAAAAAGCUUCAUUAAAUGUUUGUAGACUGUGGAGUCCAAAGCUUGUUCAAAAGGAAUUAAAAAUGAAAACAAUAUGAUUGCGGAAAACAGAAAUAUCUCAGUAAUCCCUCUUGGUCGAAGCCAUAUGUAAGAUCGAAAACUUGAAAUUACUCUAAAUAAUUUAUAAAAAAUUACGAGUCUUUUGUAAUAAAGUUUGUAAGAACGCUAUAGUCAAAGAAUUAAAAGAAUAAGACGAGCUUACAUAAAAACAUUCACUUGAAUCGUGGCUUGAGAAUGUCUCUAAGAUUUAAUGAACAAAGUAAUCAAUUGAAGUUUAUAGACUUUGAGAGGCGAUUUUAAUGAAAUAGUUUUUUAAAUUUCGUUAGGAAAAUUUCCAGGAAAAUUCUUCAAUUAAUAAUCUGAAGUGAAUAUACAGUUGGAACUCUAUAAUCCGAGCUGUGCUAAUGCUUAAUACUUGCGUAUUGUAAUUAAAUACCACUUUAAUGUUACUUUAUUUCAAAAUUUUAUUAACUAUUACGAUAACUGUUAAUCCGAUAGUGCGGUGGGUCGUUUAUCAUCCAACUCGGAGAAUCGAGCAUUUACUGCACUUUCAAUUCAAUCAAAAUUCUUCUUCCUGUGGUAAUGGUAACAGAUGCGACUUGUGGAGCGAGAAGUUUCCUAUACAAGAACUGAAGUCACAGGAAUCGUUAUUAAACUCGAUACAAAUUAGAUGCAUUGAAAGUAAUAUGAUCAGUUUUUAUCUGGAAGCGACAGAUGACUUUGCUUAUUUCCUGGAAGUUUCAAAUAACAACUUUAAAACUUAUAGCAAUGUGACCACGUGUAGCUACUACUCUCUGGAUGAUUUAAGCGAAGACACGUUUUACGAUAUUCGACUGUGGGGGGUCUCAUUUUCGAAAAAACAAAUUUUACACAGCGACGAUCUCGCUGUCAAAACAACAAGCAAAAGUUUAGUCCCAACACCAGUCACGCAUAUUUUUCUUCAAAAUCUAAUUUUGAAAGAAAACACAUACGAUGCUGUAAUUAAAUGGAGUCCAAAUGAAGAUUAUUCGUGCGAAUAUAAUCUCGUGUGGAUUAAGGAAGAAUCCAUUUAUGAGGAAAAGAUAAGCGUUGUUUCAGGUUUGCACGAAGCGACUUUGACCGAUCUGGCUUUAGGGGAAAACUACACUGUGCAAAUUAUGGCGAAAUCGGAAAGCUCGCCCUUCGAGAGUUUGAAGAAAUCGCUUAAUUUCCGCACCCCUUCUUGCUUGGAAACUUUCCAUACUUUGGAAAAAUGCCGCCCUGAUCCCCCACAAAACCUGGUCAUUAACGAAAGUAUCAUCGAUUUAUCCCAGCAAACAUACAACGUCCACUUGAUGUGGUCAAAGCCAGAUUUAAUACCCAACUAUUACAUCGCCCAUUUUAUUAACAUUGACCCGGAAAAUCACAACAAAACGGAGAUUUUUUUAAACAUAACUGGGGACAAGACAAAUUCAGUUUUUGAACACGUGAAGUUGGGUUCCUUGUACCACAUCUCCUUCAUGGCCUGUUCGUCGGCCGGGUGCAGUCAAAAAGUGGCCGAAGAGCGGCACAAAACCGACAUAAACAUCACAACAGUCCCCUCGGAGCAGCAGUGGGGGAUUUUGGUCCUAAUUAUCGCACCUCUAAUUGCAACUUUGAUUGCGACAGUGACUGUUAAUUAUUACCGACAUAAGCAGAAGCGACGCGAUGAAAGAGAGCGCUAUUUCAAGGGUCUUGACGAGGAGAAGCUUCCAGAGUCGGGGGAAAAUAUUGAAAUCAAUUUGAUCAAACCCGACAUAUUUGAUCAGUGGGAGCUCGAUCCCCUUAAACUUUCCUUUCAGGGCGUCAUCGGAGAGGGAGCUUUCGGGAUUGUUCGGCGAGCUUUCCUAGACUUGAAGGAAGACAAUAAGACACAAGUUGCUGUCAAAAUGCUGAAAGAGUCACCCACUUCGGAGGAAAUACGACAGUUCACUCAAGAAAUCAAUAUAAUGAAGUCGGUGAGACAACAUCCAUAUAUUGUUUCCUUGAUCGGCUGUGUGACGGAAGGACGAGCCGAAGGGCCACUGCUGGUGGUCGAGUACUGCUCAAGGGGGGACCUGCAGACUUACCUCAGGACGGCCUGGGACAAAUUCACCAACAUGCAGCAACAAUUUGCAUACAUUGACGAAAGCUCAAACAGUUCGAACUAUUUCGCUAACAAAACUUACGACUUCCACAAUAUGAGCUUCGAGAACGAUUUUAUAAUCCAGCCCAAGCACCUUUUAUCAAUAGCGCGCCAAGUGGCGCUCGGGAUGGAGCAUCUCGCUAAAACUCGUGUCGUGCACCGCGAUCUGGCGGCACGUAACGUUCUAGUUUGCGAAAAUCACACAGUGAAAGUGUCCGACUUUGGUCUGAGUCGCGACGUUUACCAGGACAACGUUUACUGCAAAAACGGCGGCGGAAAAUUGCCGGUCAGGUGGAUGGCCCUAGAAUCCCUAACGCAUCAGAGGUACACCACGUAUAGCGACGUCUGGUCCUUCGGCGUUUUACUAUGGGAGAUAGUAACGCUCGGGGGAACCCCCUACGUGGGUGUACACUCGUCCGAACUGUUGGAUUUCCUCAAGAGCGGAAAUCGGUUGGCGCGGCCCGUGAAUUGCAGCCCCGACUUGUACGCCGUCAUGUUGAAUUGUUGGAAGGAAUGUCCGAAAAACAGGCCGACUUUUACCGAACUGAGCAAAUCUCUGGAGGGUUUGUUGGAAAAUGUGGCUCAAUAUCUUCAAAUUGAAAAUGUCGAACAGACCCUCAAUCACGAGAUUAAAAAAGUGAUUCCUGGGAGAAUAACCCAAAAGUCGUGUACCACCGAACGGUAUGUUACACCCGUUAAUACUCUAGUCAGAGGUAUUAGCAACUAAGUGUGGUGAGACUGUAAAUAAUUAUCGUUGUUUCGCAAAUGUACCUGCCCCCAAAGUUCAAUGAUUUUGUGAUCGAAUGAAACAUAUUUACGUAAUUAGUGUUAGGAAAAAUGUGACUGAUGUAAUAUAGCUGUGAGUUAAAUUAUAGUUUGAUAUGCGUUUAAGACAAUGUUAUGCACUAUUGUGCAUAUUUUUAUGGUAUUUUUUGUAUUAUGUUCAACGUGACUGUAUCUCUGUAAUAAAUAAAUGUUUUUAAAUGAU